AUGGAGACCCGGCUGGUGCUGCAGGGGCGUUUGUUGCCGGAGAAAAGCCUGCAGGAGGACGACGACUUGGACAUGGAGGACGAGGAGGAUGAGGUGCCCUUCGUAGAUUCGGAGGAGCCUCUGAGUGAUGGGCUGCACGCCGACGGGCUCCCCUCGCGCCUCUCAGUCGCUUUAAAAAUUGUAAUGAUAGCGUUGAGGUUUCCAAGAAUAAUGGAGUUCAUUCCAGUCCUUCUGCCCCGGCAUUUUCACAAACUUCUGAACUCGGAACAUCCUGAAAGCUUGUACAGAAACUUGGAAGAGAUCCUAAAUACCUGCCCAUGGAAACUUGGCUUUAGUAGAAUAAACUACAGAGAAUUGAAGCUCAUUGGGUGUGAAGCAACUUGGCAGGCAUUUUGUCAAUGUGAAUUUCUUUUGCAAAAGAUUAAUAAUGUAGAGAAGAAUGCUUUGAUAACAUAUAAUCAGCUGAAACAGAUAUGUAGAAUGUAUGGACACACUUAUGUUAAAGAAGAUGACUUAACCUCUCAAUUGUCUGGAAAAAUAGCAUUUCAAGAUGUUUGGUGGUCUCUGAAGUUUUUGAAAGAUAUUGAAGUAGUGACAAAUGAGAAAGAAUGUAUCUUUCUUAUUGAGCUUUAUGAGGCUGAAAGAGAUAUUGCUUCUUUGGUACAUGAACUUAUGACCACAUCAUCAUGGAAGUUAAAAGUGGACGUGAAAAAAGUUCUUGCAUCUAUAGAGACAAAGAAAUCUAAGUGUGCAGAAGGAGACAAUGCAGUAAACACUAGUAAACCUCAGGAAGAAAAAUCAGAAAAUUGUGGUCAUGCUUUGGACAAGCAGAACCAAGUUUUUCAUUCUGAUGAAAAUAAAAAUGAUUUCGAAAUGCCAAGCCAAGUACAAGUAGACCAGGAUCAGAUGGCUGCCCUGGAAAUGAUUUGUUCUAAUGCAGUGACAGUCAUCAGCGGAAAAGGUGGCUGUGGAAAAACCACAGUUGUUAGCCAUCUCUUUAAGCAUCUGGAGCAAAUGGAAAAGGCAGAAGUGUGGAAAGCUUGCAAAGAUUUUGCGCAAGACCUGGGUACACCAGAAGAGUGGGACACUUUUGUUCAUCAAAGUAAAUGGAAGGAUAAUAAACGUAUAGAAGUAUUGCUCACAGCACCCACUGGUAAAGCUGCUAGUUUACUGAGAGAGAAAACUUGCCUUCCUGCUUAUACAUUACAUCAGGUAAAAUACAGCUUCUGUUCAUGGCAGAAAAUAGUUAAGAAGUUGAAGGAAAAUAUGGAAUCGGGGAAGAAAAUCCCAUGGAAGUUUUCUUCAGUGAGAGUUCUUGUUGUGGACGAAGGGAGCUUGGUUGGCAUAACAGUCUUCAGAUCAGUUUUAAACUUGUUGCGUAAGCGUGCCAGACUUGAGAAGUUGAUUAUCCUUGGUGAUAUCAGACAGUUACCCAGCAUUGAGCCUGGUAACUUGCUAAAGGACUUAUUUGAGAUCCUCAGAUUAAGAAACUGUGCUGUGGAGCUAAAAACUAAUCAUAGAGCAGAAUCUCAGCUUAUUGUAGACAACGCAGCAAGAAUCUCUACGCGACAAUUUCCAAAGUUUGAUGCAGAAUUGAUAAUUUCCGAUGAUCUGGCCAGCUCUAUCCAAGGUCAAAAUAAGAAGUUUAUUUUUGUCAGACUGCCUGAAGUUAAUAGUCACUCUCAGUCAUCUCAAGGAAACUAUCGCUCUUACUUGCAUUCUGCAGUUACAACUUUACUUAAUGGAGCAGCGGAACUAAAGAAUUCGAAAACAUCACAAUUCAUUGCAUUCAGAAAGCAAGACUGUGACCUAAUAAAUGAUUGCUGUUGCAAAUUCUACUCACAUCACUUACUCAAAAAUCACAAACGUAGAUUUGUCUUCCAAAAAGGUGAUAAAAUCUGUUGCACCAGGAAUGCUUACCUCUCAGACUUGAUCACUCAAAAUUCUGAUUGCCUUCAAAAUGAAGAAUUAGAGUUGGCUCAUGCUGAAGAUCCUGAUGCUUUUUAUCCUAGUAAAAAAACCCAUGUUUUUGAAAAAGAUAUCCGGCUAUGCAAUGGAGAGAUAUUUUUCAUAACAAAUGAUGUACAGAAUGAAAAUGGAAGAUUUUUGACUAUUAAUAAUAUGGCUGGCUUAGAGGUUACUGUAGACUUCAAAAAAUUAGCAGAUAUUUGUCAUAUAAGGCAUGCUUGGGCAAAAACAAUUCAUACAUUCCAGGGAUCAGAAGAGGACACAGUGGUUUAUGUCACUGGAAAAGCUGGUCGACAGCACUGGCAGCAUGUUUACACGGCUAUAACCCGGGGUCGCUCCCAGGUGUAUGUCAUAGCAGAAGAGUCCCAGCUCCGGAAAGCAGUGAGGCAAAACAGUCUUCCCAGAAGAACUCGUUUAAAACAUUUUUUGCAAAGGGAGUUUGCUGAUAGCUAUGCCUUUCCAAAGGAGGCAUCAUCCCCUUCCACAAGCCAUGGAGAAAGUAAGGGCUAUAGCACCCAACCUACAGCACCUCCCUCAGAGCUGCUCCUAUCUGGAACUGUUGGAAGCACCUUUCUUGAAAUUCGUGGCUCUGAAGAUAAGGAUGUGACAUUAAUUACUAGCGGAGGAGAGAAACUGGUUUCAUUUGAGGAAACUGAGAUGGAGGGAGAUCCAUUGGAGUUAAGAGGAGCAAAGAGAAGGACUACAAAUGACUGUGAAAGUCCAAACAAGUUACUUCUGGUGGAAGAAACGUCUCCACUUGUAUCUGCCAGAUUUCAAAAUAUGACACUGAAAAACUUGACUCCCAAGCAGCUUUUCAAAACUGCCGGAAGUGAAGGAACUUAA